AUGUGGGGCAUCGAGACACUGCUGUCGACGCUCGCAGGCGGCAUCUCGCUGCUCGUCCUUUUCCGCCGCAUCCAGAGUACCCGCCCUUCCCUCGUCCCGAAAUCUGUCGCGCUCGUCGUCCUCGGCGACAUCGGGCGGAGUCCGCGCAUGAUGUACCACGCAGAAAGUCUCGCGAGGAAUGGCUACACGACCCACAUCGUCGCCUACAGAGGGUCUGCGCCGCCGAAACACCUCACAGAGAACCCGCACAUCCGCUUCGUCUACCUCCCGACCCCGCUCGGCUGGGUUACCGGCCUUCCUCGCCCGCUCUUCCUCCUCUGCCUCCCGCUCAAGGUCAUCGUCGGCGCCUGGGACCUCUUGCGUGCGCUCGUCUCGAUCCAGAUUGCUCCGGCUUUCCUCUUUGUUCAGAACCCGCCUGCCAUCCCGACUCUCAUCGUGGUCAAGCUCGCAGCGUUCCUUCGCGGCAGCAAGGUUAUCAUCGACUGGCACAACACGGGCUACUCGGUCCUCGCACUCAGGCUAGGGAAACGUCACCCAGUCGUCCUCUUCGCCAAGUUCCUGGAACUGCUCUUCGGACGUCUCGCAUACGCACACCUCACGGUCUCGGAUGCGAUGAAGCACGAGCUGAUCAAGGAGGCGAAUCUGAGAGGCCGGGUUGUCACCUUUCAUGACCGACCACCCGCCUCUUUCCGCCGCCUCGAAGAGCACGAGGCUCACAACCUCUUCUCUCGCCUCCCCUCCCUUAACAGCCUGAGCGACUGGGAGCCCGCCUUUGAGCCUGACUCGACGCUCUUCACCACCUCAGCCGGCGCUCUUCGCCCCGACCGCCCCGCCCUCCUCGUCUCUUCCACCUCCUGGACCGCCGACGAAGACUUCUCGAUCCUCUUGCGCGCGCUGGAGCUGUAUGAAGUAGCGGCAAGGAAGUUUGCGGCCGGCGAGGGAGGGCUGCGCGACUCGCAUGGACAGGUCAUCCCGCUGUCGGGCAAGAAGGCGGCGAGGAAGUUGCCCAAGGUUGUGGUGCUGGUCACAGGCAAGGGCGCGGGGAAGAAGGCGUUUGAGGUGGAGGUUGAGCGGCUGGAGAGAAAGUGGGACUGGGUACGGGUCAGGACUGAGUGGCUCGAGAGGGAGGACUACCCAAGGCUGCUAGGUUCCGCUGAUCUCGGCGUCUCGCUCCACACGAGCACGAGCGGGAUCGACCUUCCGAUGAAGGUUGUCGACAUGUUCGGUUGCGGCCUGCCCGUCCUCGCGCUCGACUUUCCCUGCCUCGGCGAACUCGUAAAGGACGGCAAGAACGGCCGGACGUUCAAGACGGCGGAAGAUCUCGCUGAUGAGCUCAUGACCCUUCUCCUCGGGUUCCCCAUGCCCUUCCCGUCCGACAUCGACAUCCUCCGCGUCGGCAUCAAGGACUGCAAGUACGGUGGCGACGAGCCUGGGCAGGACUGGGAGAGCUGGGAGGCGCACUGGGACCGGAUCGUCGCUCCGCUGAUGGCCCCGUAG